CGGAUUGCAAUCAACAAGCUGGCAUAGGCCGCCACACUUUUCAAACCGGCAUAUCAAUCAUGGUGACCGCAUCCUUUGCAAUCGCAUGCAUAGCGAUGGUCACCAUCACUUUGAACGACUGGAUAAGAGUAUAUGCAUACACCUCUGUCAGGAUGGGAGGAACACCUUUCUCACGUUCAACAAAACCUCAAGCCUUACUCAUGAGUAGUGAAUGGUCGUCUUUUCAGGCCCUGGAUGACGACGAUGACGACUUGAUGGGUAAGAUCGAUACGAACGAGUACGCAAUUGAAGACGACUCACAAGAACGAAAAGCUGAGAUCGGCUCAAGUCUAAAAGCCCCUACAAUUGACCGCUCUGCAGAUCCAAUUCAGGUUCCUGCUGAGUUAACCGAAGAAACAGUUCUUGGCGUCCUUAGCGCAUGUCGAGGAGAGCUAGGAACGCUGUUUGGCUACUCGGCGGAGAAUCGUGGAGUUGGUAUCACAGGCGGUGUGGAUUAUGUUGACUUGGACGGGCCUUCCGUAAUACUGUCACUAAAAGGACGCUUUUGGCAUCAGCGGACGGCUGUUCUAGAACGUGUAGGGAACUAUCUCCAGCAGCGCAUUCCAGAGAUUGUGGACGUCCAAGUGGAAGACCCGUGGCAAUUGACAGAUGCAGCGAACGAGGACUUUUGA